AUGUCGCUCCGAGCUCCUCGCAUGUCAGUGUUCACAUUUCAGUCUGCAGUGCACAGCGCCCAUGUUCUCCGGUGUCUGAAUGACCAAAGGCAGCAGGAUGUGCUGUGUGACGUGACAGUGGUGGUGGAAAACAGGAGUUUUCGGGCCCACUGCUCUGUCUUGGCUUCCUGCAGUGAAUACUUUAACGGCAGGGUUACCAGUGUCACCAGACAAAAUCCCAUCAUCACCUUGCCUGACGAGGUGACCGUGGAGGGGUUUGAACCUUUGCUUCAAUUUGCCUACACAUCAAAGCUGCUCUUUACCAAAGAAAACAUUCACGCCAUUCACAGCAGUGCUGAGUUUUUAGGAUUUCAAGACUUGGAGUCAGCAUGCUUUGAUUUCCUCAUCCCAAAGUUUUCUGAAGGCAAAGGAACCUCACAGGAGGUCAGGAGCAGAGCCUGUUGUCGGAACCCGGAUCCCGGUACCGAUUUUGACUCCAGUGUACAGAGCAACCAACCAAAAUCAUUUGAGUCUCACAGCUCAGUGCCUUCAGCAGGUGAUGAACAAACAAACUUCCCAUCACAGUGUCCUCAGAACACACAGGGUCAGACGAACAGUGGGGAAGAACACUUCUGUCUGGAGAACUGCGGUCCACAAAUGGCCCCCUUAUCUUUGGAGUUAGCAGCAAAUGGUGUGUGCCCCAUGUUGUCUUUGCCAUGCCCAGACUCUGACAAAGCAGAUCAUCCGUCUCAGUUUUGCGAAAGAGACAUUUUAGAGAUAGGAGAUGUGUGUAAUCAGAGUGAGUUUAGUUUGGCAGACUGUGGCUUACCCUGUGAGCUGUCAACCCCAGGGGAUGUGAAUCCGCCAGAACUCAUUGAGCCAACAGGCAGAGAUGUUAAACAGACUGUUGAGACUCUUGGGGCUGAAACCAACUGUGACCCCGGUCCAUGUCCACUCAACACUUCCGGGGCAGAAAAUUGCAGUGAGUUAUUAGAGCAGAGUGAGGAUGGCCUUGAACAGAGAAUGGCAGGUGAUCUCUCAGACCCUACACUAACUGCAUUAAGCCAUGAAGAGGGAUUUGGGGAGAGGAGCAGUGUGGAGAGGGAGGUGGCUGAACAUCUGGCAAAGGGAUUUUGGUCUGACCUAUGCCCAUCUCAGGCUCAACCACUCCCACUGGAUGCCAUGGACCAAAACAAUUUGGCAAAAGCAUCAGACUUUCAUUGGCUUAAGCAGCUGGACUUGAGCGCCAGUGCAGGAGACUGUCCUUUCCUCAGGGACCUUGGGACAGGUGAUGACCCGGCUCCACGCACUGACAGUCUGUCCCAGUCAGAGAAGAGCCCCUACAUGUCCUCCUCGUUCAACUCUGGGGACGAUUCAGACCUGGACACUGAUGGAGAUACUGAGGCCAACAACAAAAGAGCAGCAGAGGUCAAUAUUCAGCUCCCAUUCCCAGUGGAGCAGAUUUCAGUGCUGAGCCGAAGUGCCUUCCAGCAGCUUCUGAGACACCAUCACCUGACUCAAGAUCAGCUGGAGUUUGUCCAUGAUGUCCGCCGACGAAGCAAAAACCGCGUGGCUGCACAGCGCUGCCGAAAGAGGAAACUCGACAGCAUACACCAGCUGGAAUGUGAAAUCAAAAGAUUAAAAAAUGAGAAAGAGCGGCUGCUGCAGGAGCGCACUGAGCUUGAGCAAAACCUGGAGGAGACGCGGCAGAGUCUGUGCGGGUUAUGUAAGAGUGUCAGCAUCGAGUCUGGUUCUGAUCAGGAACACUUGCAGCUUCUUGCCAAGCUCUCCUCCCCAGACUUCCCGAGUUCCUCCCCUAGCCGUGUGGGUAAAGAUGAGGAGUCCCAGAUCACGAUCGAAAUGGUAAGUUGUUCGUGUGACCUAAGCGGACCGCCUGCAGACUCAGCUCAGACUGCUCCACCACAGGCUGGCACACAGAUGGGGGAGGCAGGUUCUCCACAGAGCUGCCCUGAUCCUGCAUCUCUGCUCACAGCUUGUCUGGACAUGGACAGCAGCUUAUAA